UGGAGACGUCUAGGCUCGUGCAGAGUUUCGGACCGUCACCAAAGGCUGACUUCAGCUGGAGUCGUACCCAGGGCUGUAUUCCUCCAUUUGCUGGCACCAUGUUGUUGGAGGUCCUCCUGGCUGCUGUGCUGGGGGCACUUCUCUUCUUUGUGGUGAAUAAGUGGAGAGAGCCAGAAGUCCUGAAGACAGAAGACAAGUGGUGGGGAGUUGGAGACAGACCUGAUGGCCAGGAGGAUACUACAAUUCGACCUUUUCGACUAAGCACCAGUGAUGCAGAGCUAGAGGAUCUCCACCAGCGCAUGGACCAAACACGACCUGUGCCCUCACUCCACAACAGCCAGUUUAACUAUGGCUUCAACUCUGAGCAUCUGCAGAAAGUCAUCUCAUACUGGAGAAAUGAUUUUGACUGGAGGAAGCAAGUGGAGAAGAUAAACCAGUAUCCUCAUUUUAAAACCAACAUUGACGGUCUUGACGUCCACUAUGUGCAUGUGAAGCCCCAGGUGGUUCCUGAGGGCACAAAGCUGAUUCCUCUCAUCAUGGUCCACGGCUGGCCUGGGUCCUUCUAUGAGUUCUAUGGCCUGAUCCCACUAUUAACUGAGCCUUCCCAGGCAGGGCACUUUGUGUUUGAGGUGGUGUGCCCCUCGAUUCCAGGAUAUGGGUUUUCUGAAGCACCACAUCACAAAGGGUUCGAUUCAGUGUGCACGGCGCGUAUCUUCCACAAACUCAUGAAGCGCCUGGGCUUCAGUCACUUCUAUGCUCAGGGAGGAGACUGGGGCUGGAUAGUCACCACCAACAUGGCACAACUGGAACCAAGGACAGUCACAGGCUUGCAUUUGAACUUCGCCCCACCCUCAAAGCCCGGACUGCUACUAACUCUCUCCAUGCUACUGGGAAAGUGCUUCCCCAAACUAUUCAGUUUCACUCCCCUGGACUUGGAUCAUCUGUAUCCCGCUGCAGAGAAACUGCUGGUGGAGCCCCUUCUCGAAACUGGCUACAUGCACAUUCAGGCCACCAAGCCGGACACCGUGGGUCGGGCGCUCAAUGACUCCCCCGUUGGAUUAGCUGCUUACAUUCUGGAGAAAUUCUCUACUUGGACAAGCAAAGACUUCAGAAACUUGCAGGAUGGAGGACUUACCAGGAAGUUCUCUCUCGAUGACCUGCUCACCAAUGUCAUGAUCUACUGGACUGCAGGCUGCAUCACCUCCUCCAUGAGGUUUUAUAAGGAAAAUUUUAGCCGAGGUCUCAACAGUCCACAUGCAAGAAUCCCAGUGGUGGUCCCUACCGGUUUCGCCUGCUUCCCCAAUGAGCUAAUGCACACUCCAGAGCUGUGGGUCAGGCAGAAGUACCGGCGUCUGGUGAGCUUCACGCCCAUGCCUCGAGGUGGACACUUUGCAGCAAUGGAGGAACCGCAGUUGAUGGCCAAGGAUAUCAACAAGUUUGUUAAAAUAGUGGAGAGUCAGAUUAAGGCCAGAUGUUAGCUGAGCUACAUGUUUCCCAAGCCCCCCAGUGCCCCGAGACCACCCCCCCACCCCCAGGCCCAACUUGCUGUUUGCUCCUCUUGGCAGCCGUGCAGCCAGGGAGGAUGGGGACGCCGGCGCAGAGAGAUAAGGAC